GGAGGGCGCAGCGCUGGAGAGCUGAAGCCUUUUUCAGGCUGAAGCUGCGCCUGACACAGACUCGACUCCAUUCAUAAAUAAGACAACACGUAGAAGGGAAUGACAAGCACAUCUCGGCUCUCAGCGGCUCAGAGCCGAGCAGGACCUCAGCAUGUUCAGCUCGAGAGGGAGCUGAGAGGGGCUGAGCGGACUCUGACGGUCCAUGGCUGAGCCCCUGUGUUCAGGAGGCAGCUCUCUCCAAGUGUCGGGGCACAGCUGGGUUUGGUGUUUCUUUGCUCUUCCGCCUAAUACGACUCACUCUGGGUAAACAGCUUCCGCUUCCAUCCAUUUUCAGUGGGCUAAAUGAGCGCACAGCAGAGCAGCCGAGGACCUGACAUACCGAUGGAGCUGUGAGUUAUGGCAGCCAAAGAAGAAGACCUGUAUGCCAAAGUGACCCCGAGGAGGCAGCGCCAGAGCCGGCCCAGCACCAUCAAACACGGCUCUACUCUGGACGUGCUGCUGUCCAUGGGCUUCCCCAGGACCCGGGCAUUAAAAGCCCUGGUCUCAACGGGAGGGAAAAAUGUGCAGGCUGCUUGUGACUGGCUCUUCUCUCAUCUGGAUGACCCGUUCCUGGACGACCCUCUGCCCCGAGAGUAUGUGCUGUACCUCCGCCCCAGCGGUCCUCUGCUGCAGCAGCUCUCUCAGUUUUGGCAGCAGUCACGAGUGACCUGUGGAAAGAAUAAAGCUCACAACAUCUUCCCCCACAUCACUCUCUGCCAGUUCUUUAUGUGUCCAGAUGCAAAGGUGGAGGCCCUGGUGGAUGCCCUGCAGAGCACUGUGACUAAAUGGAAGGGGCGGAUCCCUGUACCUCUGCCUCUCGAGCUCUAUACCUCCUCUACAUUUAUCGGCCUUUUUGUGGAGGAGCAGGUUGCGGAGGUAUUGAAAAGCUUUGCAUCUGAUUUUGCCACAGAAGCAGCAGCCAAAGCAGAUGUUCAUAUUGAACCACAUAAAAAACAACUUCAUGUCACAUUGGCGUAUCACUUUCAAACAAACCAUCUGCCUGUCUUAGAGAAGCUAGCCAAAGAGGUCGAUGCAUCUUCAGGCUGUGACUGGUUAGCGGUGCUCUUCUCUAGGGACAUUAGGUUUGCUAAUCAUGAGACUCUUCAGGUCAUGUACCCCUACAUGCCUCAGAAUGAUGAUGAGUUGGAGCUAGCCCCCGGAGACUUCAUCUUCAUGUCUCCAGUGGAGCAGAGCACUGCCAGUGAAGGCUGGGUCUAUGGCACGUCCCUGAGCACAGGGCUCUCUGGUCUCCUGCCUGAAAACUAUGUGAGCCGUGCUGAUGAGUCUGACACCUGGGUUGUCCAUGGUUCUCACUCCAUCCACAACUGUGCCUCUCCGCUGACCUCUGGUAGGAAUGUGGGAGGAUUAUUAUUUGAUGGACAGCUUAAUGACAGUCUGCUAGACACCAUCAUCGAUACUCCCAGCCUAUCUGGCCUCUGUCCUCCAAUGCAGGUGUCAAGGUCGACCCUACAUUCUUGCCCCUCAAAGAGGAGGUUGUUUGUGUGUCGUCAUGGUGAGAGGAUGGAUGUGGUGUUCGGAAAGCACUGGAUUACACAGUGUUUUGACUCUAAAGGUCGUUAUAUUCGUUCAAAUCUCAACAUGCCACCCAGUUUGCCAUCCCGAAGUGGAGGUCACAAAGACUAUGACAAAGAUUGCCCAAUCACUGUGUUUGGCUCAACACAGGCUCGACUUGUGGGUGAAGCCCUAUUGGAAAGCAACACAGUCAUAGACUUUGUUUACAGCUCCCCUUCUCUGCGCUGCAUUCAGACUGCUCAGCACAUUCUAAAGGGUCUCCAACAGGAUGGGAAGAUCAAAAUUCGAGUGGAGCCAGGAUUGUUUGAAUGGACCAAGUGGGUUUCGGGAACAUGUUUACCCUCCUGGAUCCCUCCAUCUGAACUGGCUGUUGCUAAUCUAAGUUUGGAUACAACAUACAGACCUCAUUUUCCAGUUAGCAAGUUGACUGCAUCAGAAUCCUAUGACACGUACAUCAGCCGGAGCUUCCAAGUGACCCGUGAGAUACUGUCUGAGUGCAAAAACCUUGGGAACACAGUCCUGAUUGUCGCCCAUGCUUCAUCCCUUGAGGCUUGCACUCGCCAAAUGCAAGGACUAAGCGCUCAAAACUCCAAAGAUUUUGUUCAAGUUGUUCGAAAGAUUCCUUACUUGGGCUUUUGUGCUUGUGAAGAGUUGGGAGACACGGGCGUGUGGCAGCUGGUGGACCCACCCAUUUUGCCUCUGACACAUGGACCUAAUCACAGCUUCAACUGGAGGGAAAUGCUGAUGCAGGAGUGAUGGCUUUGCCAUUUGGAUCAGCUGCUGAAAUUGCAACACAAAUUCCUAUAAUGUUUUUCGGACUACCUAAAACAAGAGAGGCAAAAAGACUCCAAACAACUGCGGCAACUGAAUGAAGACACUGCUCAGGAACAAUGUUGUAUAGCUGAAGUGGAGCAAGUAGCAGGGAUUAGCUACAGAGUUGGUGGACUUGUUUUUUAUUUCAUUUAGAGUGCAUGGCUCCAAAAACUAUUUUAAAAACAGGGUAUUUAUCUAAGAUAUUUGAAACUCUCUCUUUUUUUUACACAAUAAAAUAAAGUCUAACUGCAAUUUUCUGUUGCCCUGCCUUGCACUGUGACAUACAAAUUAAAUUUGGAAACCAUAUUGACAGCUACAUUCCUCUUGGAAAAUGGCACAAAAUAUUGACAAUCCAGUUGUAGGCCUAUAGGAGGACCAACCUUCAUUGUUUCCGAUAGUUAUGUAAAUGUCAUAUCAACCUAAAAAAUUCUCCUUUUCACACAUUUAUUUAUACCCAUGUUAUCAUCACGCUUUGACUAUUGUCACUAUAAAACAUUGACAUCCUGAGACAAGAUUAAUAACAUGUUAUGAUUUUGAAUGCAUUAUAUUUUGUACAUGUUUACUUAUUGCAAUUCCAAAAUGAAGAACAUUGUAUUUAUGAUUUUAACAACAAAUAAAGUAUUGUAAGAAAUAUAGGACAAACACAACAUAUCGGAACUAGCUGAAGUUACUAUGUGGCUAAGUAUUGUAUUUGAUUUAAAAAUGCCGUUUGUUUUGCAAGAAAAUAAACAAAGGCACAUUUGAAUG